UACCUGCUUCACAGGUUUUAGUUCAUAGUUACCGGUCACCAAUAAGCAGAGCAUUUGAGAAGAGUUCAGCUGCGUUUGCAAGAACUGGAAGAGAAGCAUUUGCCUGGCAAAGGACACUUGAACCUGAAGAUGGCAAAUGGUCCAGCCCUGUCCACUGCUAAACGUGGAGAAGUGUAUGUGGGGAGUGAAUUCAGAGAUUCCCUCACGAUGUUGGAUAUUCUCCAUGCAAAUCAGUUUGAAGGGGAAAGGUAUGAUCCAGAGCUCGAAAGGAAGGCUGAGGAAAACUUUUACAGAGGGGCCCCACCCAACUGGUUUAACUUAUAUGUUAGUGAAAAAGCAGCGUCAGAUGGUACUGCAACUCCUUUUAUCAAACGAGAUGGAUAUGAAGAACUUGAGGAACAAAUUGACCUGAGAAGAGAAUGCCCUUUGACAUCAACAAUCAAACUGCUCCAUCAACAACGAUGUGGAGGUACCACGCUGGCUAUGCAGGUGAUGUGGGACUUGAGGAAAACCUUUAGAUGUGCUGUUUUAACUGGCUUAACCUCAGACAUCACAAAAAUUACAAAUGAAGUAGUUGCAAAAGUUGCAAAUGAGAUAGUCCAACUUUUCACAGCAGGCAGUCGAAAUGACCAGAACACUGUGCUGCUGUUAGUUGAUCAUCGUGAGAAAAUCCUGGAAAAUCUCCAGGACAGCAUUAUAACAGAGAUUACUAAACAAAAAAUUGAUGCUGGUUAUCCUGUGGUCAUUUUACUCAAGUGUGUGAGAAGCAGUGACGAGGUUAUCCACCAAAAGGAAGGUUCUUACAAUCAAAAAGAGAAGGUCACGAGGGAAUUGAAGAAAUAUAUAAUUCUCGAAAAAUCUCUCUCAGACAGAGAGCAAGCAGACUUUAAGAAGAAAAAAGAAGAGCUUGGCAGAAGAUUUGGUGAUCAGUGCGAGCAGUUUCAUGGUUUUAACAUUCUGCAGUCUAAUUUCUCUGAAGGCUACAUCAGGAACGCAUGUGCUACAUUAGAACAUAUCGAAAGAAGAAAUAGACCACCGAAUACACAGCUUGUUGCCCUGCUGUGCCUGCUGAAUGCCUAUGUGCCAGGUUCAUAUCUCCUUGAGUCUCAGUGCCUGGACUUCGUCAGACAUGAAGGUGAUCAUAACCUUUCACUGGAGGAUCAAAUGCAGCCUUUCAGCCAUCUGAUCAUCACAUUCCAAGAAGAUGGAAGAGCUGAAAAAUAUAAAAAAGUCCGCAUGGCUCACACUAUGAUAGCACAAUGUUGUACUAAACUGUUUGCAAAGGCAGGUGUGACCAGAAGUAAAACAACAAGAAACCUCUUGAACUAUUUUUGCAGAGAUUUGACUCAUACAUGGUUGCUUGAUUUUGUCAAAGACAUGCUAACCAAAAGAGAAAUGAAAAAAGAAGAGGACCAAGACAAUAGCACAGAAAUGAAAAAAGAAAAGGAAAAGUUUUCUAGACUAAUUCGAGAAAUUACAGAGGGCAAAGACAAUGAGAAAAAGGAGGGUGAACGUCAGAGUGUGGCAAUUUUAGAGCUGGCCUCAAAUACAUUUGGUCAAAUUUCAAAUUUUCCACAAGCUCUUGCUCGCUUUUAUUACAAAAAACUACAAAACUACAAUUUGGCAGAAAAAUGGGCAGUCGAAGCACUAAAAAGAGAUCCUCAAAAUUCUAUUGUUGCUGACACACUUGGUCAAGUCCACAAGAACCACCUAAUGAACAAUGAGUUUUGUGAACCAAGAGAAAUUUUGCAGCUGGCUGAAAAAGCCAUUAAAGCAUUUGAAAAAGCAGAAAAACUUGAUGAGAAUGAAGAUGGACCAGAAGUGAGAGAGCAAGGCACUACAGACAUCUCAUCUUUUUAUAACUACAAUGGAAAAUUUGGUUACCUGGAGGUCUGCAAUGCUCUGUAUGACAAACUUGUCAAUAAAAAUGAAACCUGGAAAAAUGUUCUCACAAAAAAAGUAUCAAUGGGCUCUGUCCUCAAAACACUUGGAGACAACAAACUCUUAAGAUUCAACAAGCUCAUAGUAAGCCUCAGAGAUAAAGUCAAAGAUAAAUGCAUUUUUUUUGAAAAAUAUCGGACUUACUCAAAGCCUAACAUGGGGAAAGAUUAUCUUGAAUUUAUAUUUAAAUAUACCUCAGAGUGCUACCAGAAGUACGUUGGAGACAUAGCCAAAGAACAACUCAUCCAGAUGUUUCAGGAGGGAAACCUAGAUGACCAGUCUGUAGAAGUACUGUCAUUUCUUGUCAAACAAUACACUCAGUCAGAGCUCGAAGACGUAACUACAAAGUUUAGAGAAAUGUGUCUAAGUGCAGAUUCAGAAACGGCUCUGGUCAACAACAUCCUCACACUAUUUAGAGGGAAAAUGCCAUCGAGCAAAAAAGACCCACCUGAGCUGCACAUGUUCACCCUCCUCUGGUACUGGCCUGUAAAUGAAGGCCAAUGUGAUUAUGACCUCAGUGAGUUAGCUCAGAAAAUGCUCAAGUGUUAUGAAAAUACAUAUAAGAAGUACUUUCAAAACAGAUACCUUCUUCCUGUGUUUUUCAUUGGGAAAGGUGAAGGUGUGAAGAGAAUUGUUCACAGAAAUGUUAUUGAGAAACAUCUGGAAGUGAGACCAGAUUGGAGCGAUAACUGGAAGAAAGAAGAAAUCUUCCAAAAUUCUGAUGUUCAAAAGCUCCUUCUCAGGCUUGAUGGAGAAGUAAGAAACUACAAAGUGUAUACAAGAGUUGGUGGCAGAGAGAUUGAGAUCAAUGCGAAUCUGAGGAACAGCCUUUGGAAAAAACAUCAAGUUACCUUCUACCUUGGAUUUACUAUCAGAGGUCCUGUGGCCUUUGGCAUUCAGAACAAAACUGCAGACACAGCAGGACUACUUCAAACAAUGUGAAAGAGACCAAAGAUAAUGAGGAGGAUUAAGGUCUGUGCUCAACAUCUCCAUGGGAAGGAGAAUCCAAGACUACUUCUUCUUUUUUUGAGUAUCUAUGUGUUUAUAUUUAAGGACAAAAACAAAAGGAAAUACGUGCUGUAACGUUAAAAAUCAUUGCACAAGAAGUAUGUGUUAUGGUCAUUUUAGUUUUAGAGAAAGGUAUUUAGAAAAAAAAUAUUUGCUGCACAUAAAGACUAUAUUGAAUAAACUGGAGGCUUAAACCUUUUUAUGUGCAUUUCUACUGCAGACUUUCUUACUUUCUGAAAUUUAGUUCCUCUGCUUGUUUGGGUCAAAUAAAUACUUUGUUUAUGGGUUUGUGACAUCUGUGAAAGCUUUGAUUUAGUAAAGUCAAAACACUUCUCAGAGGAGGGUUUUUUUUUUUUUUUUUUUACAUUUUUUUCUCAGUCUUUUAACUAUGAGUUUUGAAAGCAUGACAUUACAGAAAUAUUUUGUCAGUUAUAACACAAGAUGAGUGAAGUAUAACCAAUUAAAUUGAUAGACAUUUUAAAUUCCGCUCAAUGUAUUGUAUUGUUUUAAAGCCUUUUAGAGUUUCAAAGAUCAAAUUUGUUAAAAGAUUUUAGAAAUGGUAGAUUUAUAUGAUGUUGUUUUAUUUUUUGUGUUAGUUGUGCAUUCAAACGUGCCAUAGGCAAGGCAAGGCAAGUUUAUUUAUAUAGCACAAUUCAACAACAAGGUGAUUCAAAGUGCU